AACGCUGAAUAAAGUAAUAUAAAGUAAUGAAGCACAGCACAGCACUUGGCCUUCAUUGGGUAUUUAAUUCGGUCUUGUAUAUACAUUAGCACUGUGUACAGAAGAGGGAAGUCUUACAAACCCAGUCUCUGAUUGGUGUGUCUACAGGGACACCCUGGUCCAGUGGGAAGCCAUUAGUUACCUGGCUCACCUCAUGGCUGUUUCUAUAGGAACCUGGGAGUCGCCAGGGUGGAAGCCUUUGUGCAGUCACCUUUGAGACUCGGUAAACAACAGGAAAAUCCACCUUUAACCGCAAUCACUUCCUUCAGUCCGCGCGGUGAGUCCCAUCUACAGUGUCUACGGGAGGUUACAGCCGCACAUUGAGCCACACUGGCUCCUAGUUUGACUUGUGGAUCGAGGCGAGGGGAGAUAGGGGUUUUGGUGGCGGGGGUGUGGUUCACCCAGGCCUGAUUGGUCGGGCGCAGCCUUAGUGGUGAGUAUUCAGCAGGGUGUGGAGAUGUUCUUGAGCGCGACGGCUCCUCGUGGAUCCUACAACGUCCCCAUCAACAUCAACCUGCAGGGAGCGCGCAAGAGGCCCACAAGAGGCCUGCUCCAGUCACGGCCAGUGCAGGAGCAGAUGUGGAAGGUGGCUGAUGAUGGCGGCCUCAAGGCCCAGAUUCCCGUAUCCAGUGCUGGGGAGGACAGGGCCGUUCUACUGGGCUUCACCAUGAUGGCCUUCUCCGUUCUAAUGUUCUUCGUGGUGGGAAUCACCACAGUCAAGCCCUAUUUGAACAGCAACUGGGUGGAGCGCGGCGGCUGCGUGCUGGUCCAGGUGGAGCUCCUGCAGGACUGGGUGGAGUGCCGGGGGGUGAGCAUCAUGCCCUGCCUCCGGGUCACCGUCAACCACAGCGCCUCCGGCCGGGCCAACCUCCUGCACCACCACGAGGACGCCCUGAUCCUGGCGCCCCAGUGCUUCUACAUCCCCAAGUGUAAGAUGGAGGCGGCGGCACUGCAAGCCGAGGCCCUGGUGGUGAAGGACAACCUGGGAGAGCAGCUGGGCCAGAGCCUGGCUUGUCUCACGGACCCCGCCAAGCACCGGGGCCACGCCUUGCUGCACAGGAAGUACUCCCUGAGGAGGGCCCUGCUGUGGCCCAGCCUCAUGCUAGGCGGAGGGGCCCUGCUGGUGGUACUAGUGAAGCUCACCCAGCAGCUCAGCCUCGUUCACCGGGACCUGGGCCGGAGGGGCCCCGAGGACCGUCCCCUCCACAUCCAGACCUAGCCCCCGUCCCCUUGCACCGGGACCAGGGCCCCGAGGACCGGCCCCUCCACGUCCAGACCUAACCGCCGUCCCAACGGCCCCUUAGCAGGCCCUCAGCGGAAUGCAAUGCAGACCAGAUGCCUGUGGUUGGAGUUGGAUUAUGAUGACAAGCGACAAACACACACAAUUAAGACUGCGCUUUCAAUAAAGACAAAUAUUUUUUAUUUAACAGUACAA